AUGAUCAUGAAGUAUAAUCUUCAGCAACACGCAAAGCGAAUUAUCGCUUACACUAGCAGGCCUCGAUUCUUCUGCUCCUACAGAAAUGGAACCCUACCGUCUCCGGUGACGAACCAAACUCUACUGAGUCGGAUCGAAGCGGCUUUAGAUCAGAAAGCAGCAGUCACUACGGUGCUUGAGCAAUGGCGACUACAGCAGCAAAAAGAGGGGAAUCACUUAAACCCUUCGUUGGUGAGAGGUAUCUUCGAGAAGCUCCGCAACUCCAACCGAUUUAGCCAAGCCCUAGAGGUAUCAGAGUGGAUGGUAAAACAAAAGAUCUGCAAUCUAGUCCCGGAAGACUUCGCAGCUCGAUUCCAUCUGAUUGAUAACGUUUUAGGUCUGGAAGAAGCAGAGAAGUUCUUCGUGAGCAUCCCUGAGAAUAUGCGAUGUGAAUCGAUCUACACUUCUCUGUUAAGAAGUUACUCAAGCCAACCCGGGGGAAGAGCUCUGGGUAGAGCCGAAUCUACUUAUAAGAAGAUGAAGAAGCUAGGUUUGCUCUUGAGACCUUCACCGUACAACUCGAUGACAUCAAUCUAUAACUCUCUCGGAAACAGAGAUAAGGUCGAUGAGAUUCUGCGUGAGAUGAAGGAGAACAACGUUGAGUUCGAUAGUGUCACCGUGAACAACGCUUUGCGAGCAUACGCUGAUGUAUCUGAUGUUGCGACAAUGGACAAGUUUCUAGCUGAAUGGAGUGCAAUUACAAAGCUUGAGUGGCACACAACACUUGACAUGGCAAAGGCUUACGAACUCAUGAGGCUAUAUGGUGAAGCAGGAGAGAGAGAAGAUGUAUACCGUAUAUGGGACCUGUACAAGAAGACAAGAUAUAAGGACAAUGAGGGAUUUAUAACUUUGAUAGCUUCUCUCCUGAAGCUUGGUGAUCUCAAAGGAGCAGAGGAGGUAUACCACAAUGAGUGGGAGUACUCGGGUCUUAACUGCGAUAUCCGAAUACCGAAUAUGUUGGUGUCGGCUUAUCGAAAAAAGGGAUUGGUGAAGAAGGCAGAGAAACUGAUGAGCAAGACUAUGAGGACCAGAGGAUUGGUUAAACCAAUCACUCCGUUUCUGGUUGAACUGGGGAAAAAGGGUAAUCAAGCGAGUCCGUCGGACUUGAGAGACCUCAUCAGGAACCUGCGUGAUUCAUUCCAGUUCACCAAAGCACUUGAGGCAUCAUCAUGGAUGUGUGAAAAAAAAGUGUUCAAACUCUUCUCAGAAGAUUAUGCAACUAGGCUUCAACUGACUUGGAGAGUUUUGGGGUUGGAAGAAGCAGAGAAGUUUUUCGAAAGCAGCAUCCCGGAGAACAUGAAGGAUUACUCUGUUUACGCUACACUUUUAACCUUGUACACAAAAUCAGAUAGAACUCUAGUUAAAGCGGAAGCCAUUUUUGAGAAGAUGAGAGAGCUAGGUAUCCUCUCCAAACUUUACCCAUUCAGCUUGAUGAUAUCUCUCUACAGUGAGCUACUAAAACGAAGUAAGGUCAAUAAGCUUGUAUCUGAUAUGAAGCAGAACAAUAUUGAGCCUGAUAGUGUCACGAUGAACAACGUUUUGAGAGUAAACGCAGACAUAUCCGCCAUAGACUCGAUGGAGAAGUAUCAGAGAGAGUGGGCUAAUGAUGAUGAUAAUAAAAUAACCAAACUUGAAGUGAGGACGAUGGAUGCAAUGGCAAAGGCUUACGAAAAAUCCGGCCUAAUACUAAAGGCGAUAGAGAUGACGACAAGUAACAGAGAAGUGAACCGUCUAUGGAAUAUGUACAAGUACAAGGCAAAUGAAGAUUUAAAAAUAGAUAUGAGUACCUCUAAGUUGGAGAUGGGAAAGAUAGGAAAGACUUGGGAUGAAGGAUAUCGUAUUGUGAUUAGCUCUUUGUUGAAGCUAGACGAUGCAGAAGGAGCUGAGAAGAUAUAUGGAGAGUGGCAACCCGAAGGACCUGAUUUCGAUACUCAAAUACCGUGUUUGCUAAUCUCUCGUUACAGCAAAGAAGACGAUGAAGUGAAGAUAAAGAAUCGUUUACUCUGCCCUGUUCUGAGUGAUGGUGGCCAGAGCAAUGGUGGCACACAUAAAUGCCAAGUCUAUGCUAUAAAACUUGUGAUCCUAACCCACCUGGAAACAGGUCUUGAGAUAGUGGUUAAUGAGCAAAAAGUAAACGAAAGUAUAAAUUACUUCUAA